AUGUCUUCUACUUUAGAAAAUGAAGAUUUGGAUAAUGUGCCCUUGGUUCGGAUGGAAGACGUCCAACCUUCGAGGGAAAGGGUUAUAGACUGCCAAAGUUUCUCCAAAGAUGACGACGAGUUAUACGAGACAUGUAUAAUAGAUGAUAUUGAGUGUGCAAACGAAUGUAUCGUCGACGACGAUGAAGAGUCCAAUAUAGGAAGUAUGGUGUCUUUGCAUUCUGAAGAUGUGUACGAAGACGAUAGUUCAAGUCAGGAACUUAUAAUUCCUGAAGUAUUAGAGGCCAUUAAGACAGAUGAUGCAGAUAAGUUAAUGAUUUAUGAAGAUAAAGAAAAGCAAGGGAAUAGUUGUGAAGCAUACUUAGUAGAUGAUUUAGAGACAUGUAGUGAAUACCAGGGGGAAGUGCUGGAGGCAGCUUAUGUUGAAGUACCUGUAGACCAAGAAGAUGUUGAACAACAGAUAGACGCUCAUAUAGAGGCGACAAGAGAAUUAAGGGCCAAUCCAAGACAGUAUGCUGCACAAAAGUUACUAAACACUUUAGAACAGGGAACAGUAGGUGCAGAAAGUCCAUCAAAGAAAGCAAAAACAGUAGAAGAAACAGUUAUUACAUCACCAUCGCAGAGCUGGCCAACAUUGGAAAUACUGCCUGGUGGAGUGAUCAAAACCUCAGAUAAACUCGAGGGUGAAUCUUACCUAUACCCCGAUAAGAUACAAGAAACUGUUUCAAAUACGGGCGAUAUGAUGUACGCUUGUGCCAAAUGUUCACAGACAUUCAAGUACCUGUUUUGCCUCGUGAAACAUGUUAAAUGGCAUGAAGAUCAGAAGAAAAUUAUGAAAGAUCCAGAACUGGACAAGUUGACUGCAACGGAAAGAGAACUAGUCAAUUUGAAAAGAGAAAGAAAUGAAUUGGACAAGGUAUACAAAAAGCAGAAAUUAGAAAUGUUCACGAGAGUUGCAGUAGCCAUCAGCAAAUUAAGCAAAGCUAAAAAUAUUUUUAAUAAAUAG